CGAUAUCAUCCGGUCUUGCGGGUUGGUGAGUGCCUGAAUGGAGGGGAGAAACAAAAUGCUUGUUUAAAGAAUAGACGUGAAUGUGAUUGUGAACAAACUGAAACAAAAAUUCGGAAAAUACUCAUUUGGUUCCCUUAAAAAUGUCAGGCCAACCUCCUGUUGAAGAACAUUCUAAUGACAAUAAUACCUGUGUUGACCAACAAUACAAAACAUGGGAUAUAGUGAAAGCAACACAGUAUGGCAUAUUCAGCAGAUGUAAAGAAAUUAUAGAUGAAGGAUAUGAUGUAAACCAAAGAGAUGACGAGAAUGUGACACUUCUCCAUUGGGCUUCAAUCAAUAAUAGGAAAGAACUUGUUAAUUUGUAUAUAAACCAUGGUGCCCAGGUUGAUGCAGUUGGUGGUAAAUUACUUGCCACUCCUUUACAUUGGGCUGUCCGGCAGGGCCAUUUAGCCACGGCAAUUUUAUUGAUAAAACAUGGUGCUGAUCCCAUGGUUUAUGAUGGUGAAGGAUUUCAAUCACUUCAUUUGGCAGCUCAGUUUGGACAUACUGCUGUUUGUGCUUAUCUUUUAUCUCAUGGAGUCCCAGUCAACAGUCCAGAUAUGCAAGGGAUGACUCCACUCAUGUGGGCUGUCUUCAGGACUACAACUGUUGAUCCUGCUCGUUUACUUGCCUCUCUUGGUGCUAGUGUGACUUCUCAGGACAAUAAUGGCAACACAGCUCUCCAUUGGGCAAUAGAGUCUCGCAAUGUUUCAGCGAUAUCUUUGCUACUGGACAAGAAUGCUUCAUUGGAUGUUCCCAAUGGAAAGGGUGCAACAUGCUUCAAAUUGCUAGUCCAAGACAAACCUCCCUGGUUGGGGCCUCGUUUGUUACAGAGAAUACUGGAUCGUGCAGUUCAGUGCGAUAAAGAGGCGCGUGAAGACCACCUUGCGUGCAUUAAGGGCUUAAAAAAUGCGCGAAAUUAUAAAAAACUACGGCACUGGUUUCUUGUUGGAAGUCCAUUUGUUCUGUUUUUCAUUUUGGGUACCUUAUUCCAAAGUGCGCUAAACUAUUAUCUGAAGGCAGCGCUGCUAUUGCUGACUAUUUUUUGUCUAAACCUAUUUGGCCGACUAUGUUCCAUUUCGUCUGACGCAACUAUGGAAUCGCUGCCAGUAUCCAUCUACUUGGCCACAAAGUGGUGGGUGCUGGUCACUUGGUUUUUAUGGUUGGCUUCUAGUGUAGAUUGGAUAACGAAUGUGGCUUUUACUUUGUCCGCUACUGGCCUAUGCUAUGCUUUUUACAAGACGUGGAAUAACGAUCCGGGCACAAUUUCUCUUUCUCUAGACGAAAAGUAUCAAACAAUUAAGCAAUUGGCAGAGUUUGGUCCCGGUUUUGAACCGCAACAUUUUUGUAGCUGCUGUUUAUUGAGAAGACCUAUUCGUUCCAAACACUGCUCCAAUUGUAAUAAGUGCGUUGCCCGAUUCGAUCAUCACUGCCCUUGGGUAGGAAACUGCAUAGGUCUUAACAACCAUCGCUUCUUUAUUUAUUAUCUUUUUCUACUCUCGGUAUCAUGUGUGAUAUUCAUUUUUGGAGCCGUAAAUUUUUGGAAUAAAAAGUGCAACAUGCAUGCAGGACUUGGCGUUCUUUAUUGUGACGGAUGGGUAACUUUCAUGUCCGCCAAUGCUGCUUUACAUGCAGUAUGGGUUACUGCGCUGCUGAGCUGUCAGCUUUAUCAGGUUUUAAUCCUAGGAAUGACAACAAAUGAAAGACUUAAUGCUUCCAGAUACAAACACUUCCACCGGGCUCCUAAAAAAACGUCGUGGCUCAAAAAAACAAAAUAUUCAAGUCCGUUUGAUAGAGGCAUUUUGAAAAAUGCGGCCGAGUUCUUCCAUAUACGCAUAGGUGGUGGAGGUGGAUUCUCCCACCAGCGAACACGUGACGUCGAUUGGAAAAAUGAAUUUAACAUGGACAGGUGGAUGAAUGAUGACGAAGACGAGUUAAUCCGAAAAGGAAGUGUGAAUAAUGUUUGAAUUACUUUUUAUGUUUUGUUGGUUUGUACUCCGUGCUGUUUUUUGUACAAUAAAGUCACGUCCAAAUGA